AACCAAACCACCCACUUGUGCGGCGGAGAGUCACGAGAGAGUUCGAAGUUGACGGAGCCUGCGCUUGGCCGGGAGGAAGAAGACACGAGGCCAGCCACAAUAAAAUAAAACCAACCACCGAGGUUGCACGCGAAUGGGCGUGCGGGGAUUUUGUAGGAUUCCACCGCGGUGGUCGUAGCGAGGCAAUUUUGACCGAAGCAAGGGAAGCCUGUUAGCGAGCAAACUAGCUAGCCAACCAAGCCCAGCAGCCGUGUCCCAGAGAAGUCGCGGGCUGAAGGGAGGUGUUUCUUCGAUAAUCGUUUGAUUACGGAGCGGUUGGACAGCUUGUUGCUAGCCAGCCAGGUAGGGACCGAGGGCUGCAGACGGUGCUCACAACAUCUGUAGCGUGUUACAGUAUAUGCAUGUUGGUGUUUCGCAAGCCUUCCACACACUGUUGUUGAGCGGUCUGCGGUUCUGCAUACAUGCUAGUCGUUAGCUAUACACUAGGUAGCUGAUAUAAUUACAUUGGAUCUAGUCAGAAGCGUGGACAUACUGUACUAAGUUUUCUCCCUUCAACGACAAACAAGAAUCUUAUGUUCCUAACAAUCAAAUGUGUUGUCAAAUCGGCGGGAGGGUUGUUAGCUAGCUAGGAACUAGCUAAACGGCUGGCUAGUCAGUCAAGAGUUCCUCAAUAACUACGCCUUGUUGUCUUGCUGUGUCAUGACAUACAAGUGAAGUCCUUUCGAAGAGUAUGCAGGACAAGAACAGAUGUGGGAUAAGUAGAUAAAGAGGCAAACCUAAAAUUGUACGUUAUAAUUAGCUACUAUCGACUGUAGCUACCCAAAGGACUAUUUGAAGAUAUACAGCCAGAAUGAAGAAGUUCUCCCGAAUGCCGAAGUCUGAGAGCGGCGGGUUGGGCGGGGGCUCCGGGUCUGGAUCCAGCUCUGGAGUCGUGAGCAACUACUUCGGGAAAGUGUUCGCUGUGGGCCGGUAUCAAGUCACCGUGGAAGAACUCAUAGCAGAAGGUGGGUUCUCGGUGGUGUUUCUGGCCCGGACACACAGCGGGGUGCGUUGUGCUCUCAAGCGGAUGUAUGUCAACAAUGUUCCUGACCUCAACAUCUACAAGAGGGAGAUUACCAUCAUGAAGGAAUUAUCAGGUCACAAGAACAUAGUCAACUACCUUGACUCCAACAUCCACUCUGUUGGGGACAGUGUGUGGGAGGUCCUUAUUCUAAUGGAGUAUUGUAAAGCUGGUCAGGUGGUGAAGCAGAUGAAUCAGCGUCUCCAUAUUGGGUUCACAGAGCCAGAGGUGUUGACCAUCUUCACUGACACCUGUGAGGCUGUAGCCCGGCUACACCAGUGCAAAACCCCCGUUAUACACCGAGACCUGAAGGUGGAGAACAUUCUCCUGAAUGAUAAUGGGAACUAUGUCCUGUGUGACUUUGGAAGUGCCACACACAAGGUGCUGUUUCCACUCAAAGACGGUGUGACUGCUGUGGAGGACGAAAUCAAGAAGUACACAACCCUGUCAUACCGAGCUCCAGAGAUGAUUAACCUGUAUGCAGGGAAGGCCAUCACCACAAAGGCUGAUAUAUGGGCUCUUGGUUGCUUGUUGUACAAGCUGUGUUUCUUCACCCUCCCGUUCGGGGAGUCACAAGUCGCCAUAUGUGAUGGAACCUUUAUCGUUCCGGACAAUUCCAAGUUCUCCUUCAGGCUGCACUGCUUAAUCAGAUAUAUGCUUGAACCUGACCAGGAGAAGAGACCAGAUAUCUAUCAAGUCUCCUACUUUGCCUUCAAGUUUGCUGGAAAGGAGUGUCCAGUGCCAAACCUCUUUAGUUCUCCCCUCCCAACAGCCCUCCCAGAGCCACUCACUGCCAGCGAGGUGGCCGCUAGGAAGAGCAUGACAAAAGCCAGAAUCACAGAGUCAGUGGGCCCCACGGCGACAUCCAUCGCUCCAAGACAAAGACCCAAAGCUGCCAACAGUAACGUGCUGCCCCUCUCUUCUUCCCCUCCUCCCUGUCAAGCAGUGACCCCAGGAAAUGGCCAGCCAGUCGCUCCGCAAACCCAGUCUGUCGGUCAGCAGAACCGCAUCCUCCAGCAGUUGCAGCCUGGAGAUCUGCGUCUGCAGCAACAACUCCACCAAUUCCAGCCAGCGCAGAAUCUCCCUGUCAACCCACAGACGCCAAACACACAGCAGCUCCAGUUUCUUCAGUAUCAACAGGCUGUUCAGCAGUCCAUCCAUCUGCAGCAGCAACAAGCCCUGAUCCAACAGCAGGUCAUGAUUCAGCCCUUAUAUCAGCAACAUCCGGCCCAGACCCAAUACGCUGUCAUGAUGCAUCAGUACCAACAGGCCUUUGUGCAGCAGCAACAGCUACGACAGCACCAGCUACACGUCCAGCAGCAGCUCCAUCAACCACGUCAGCAGCCCAGCCAGCAGCCCUUUGUGUCCUCCCCUCCGGAGUUCCAGCUCCCCCUGAGCUCCUUUAGCCCUGCAGGGCCUGUCACUAGGGUGAGCCCUGGGCCUGUGGCUCUGUCUCCUGUAGAGCCUCCCUACACUAACAGUAGGACCUCUCUGGUGGAAGUAAAGGACAGCCCUACCACCCCCCAACCCCAUUCAGCCACCCCCCAGAGUCACCCGCCCGACAUGUCCCGCUGGAACCCCUUUGGGGAGGACAACUUCUCCAAACUUACAGAGGAGGAGCUGCUUGACCGAGAGUUUGAUCUCCUCAGAUCAAGUAAACCGGUGGAGAGAACCGCUAGCCAAGAGAUAGACAGACCGCUACAGCCAAUCAGCUCCACCGCCAAGCCUCUCCUACCCGAAGACCUGUUUGGCUCCACCCCCUUCCUGGCUAGCGCAGGUUCUAGUAUGAGGGAUCAGCCCACUGAAGAGCUCAGUGUUCCAGCCACAGCUCCUGUUCCUAUGGGCCAGCCAGUUGUGGAGACAGAGCCUCCGGUGGCAAAAGAGCACAAACCCAGCAGGACAAGAAACUCUUCUUCUGGCGGUUUGCAAACAACUCGCAAACCAGGGGGUGACGAAUCAGACAGUGACUUUGAGUCAGAUCCUCCGUCCCCUAAGAGCAGUGAAGAGGAAGAUGAACCGGAGGAGGACGGAGGAGAUCACGAGCACGGAGAGUUCUUCAACGAACUGGACGAUGUGGAAGAAACUGAGAUGCUGGGACAGAGACCUCUGCUCAUGGAGUCGGAAGACGAGGCUGAGGAGGAGUACGGGAAGCACAGCUCCGACUCGGACGACGAGCCCAGGAAGGUCGAGGGAGAACAUUCCAUGAGGUUAAAAGCAGCGCCGGCAGAUGCGGCAACGACCUUCCACAAAGGAAGUCAGAGACGGGAGUCAGAGGACACUCUUAUCACAAUUACACCCCCUGAGUCACCAGGUGUCAGGUCUAUCCGAGCUCCCCCUCGGUGCGACAUUGUGGACGUGUUUGGUGCAGACGUGUUUGGUGCUGUGCCCUUCAUUCCACCCGUGUCAGCUCAGGCAGAAAGCGCAGACAUCUUCUCCGCGGCUCCCUUCAGACAGGUGAGCCAGGAGCUUGUGGCCAGUCAACCAAGCCAGGCCGCAGAGGAGUUUGACGUCUUCACCAAAGCUCCUUUCAGCCGUAACCUCUCCAGAUCCAGCAAGUCCGUCAGCAGUGACGUCCCAACAGGUCAGACUCCGCCGGUUUCCCCCGAAAGCAUUGACCCAUUUGGCUUCUCACCCUUCCAGCCCGGUCCGAUGGCACCACCACCAACCACCACCAGGAGUGCCGAAGACAUCUUCCAUCAGGCCUUCGAAGAUUCGCCAAGCCCCCAGCAGCAACGGCUGAAGCAGCGCAGCCUCCAGAAGUUAUCCUCACGUCAGCGGAAGCUCUCUGGCGGCACCAGCGGUGGCAGCCAUGGCAAGCGCCACCAAAGCACACCCACCAGCGCGCGCAGGAGCAACAAGCCCAGCUUCCGUACACCGGAGCGUGUCCGCCGACACAAGAAAGUUGGCAGGAGGGACUCGCAAAGCUCCAAUGAGUUCCUCAGCACCUCAGACUCCAAGGAAAACAUCAGCGUCUGCAGCGUAGUGAUGGCUGACACCAACAAAGACAAGGGAGUUUCCUUGCCCUCCCUCACCGUCGAGGUCGACACCAUCUUGGAUCCCUUCGGUGCCAAACCCUUCGGUCCUCAAGAUGGUAGCCGUCUCAACCAAGGCCAGUACCAGGGUUUUGUAGGGGACGGGAAGGCGGAAAUGGCCUCGGCCAAUGUCAGGCCUCGGACUUGCUCUCUGCACGGUGCCCUUGGGGAGGGGAACAUCACAGAUGACUUUGGGGCGGUGCCCUUCACUGAGCUGGUGGUCCACCCUGAGACUCCGCAGCAGCUACCUCAGACACUGGAGCUGGACCCUUUCGGAGCGGCACCGUUCCCCUCCAAACAAUGAAUGUCUCGCUAGUCUUCCCGGCACAAACACAUUUACACUUCUAAUAAAUUAACAACUGGACAUUGGGAGUAACAAACGCCCAACAUAGAUGUGUCGCAGUAUAGGUGAUUUAUUUCCAAUUCUGUAAGCAUUUCCUUUCGGCUGUGCUGGUUUGCUAACAAGCCUUUUGUGCUGCAAUCACAAUGCGUGUUUUCAAAAUACUUCAAAGUAAGAGUUAUGGAGAUUGAUCCGGUUUUACUUAAGAUCGUACUGUGACAUACAAGAAGCUCGCUCAGUGUUCCGCCGCUUGAGUUGCUGCAAAAAAAAAAAAAAAAAAAGUUUUUGUAUAGAUUGUGGCCUCCUUCAUAAUCUACCAAUAUAUUGAUUUAGCACCAUAAAGCCUUAUAUGGGCGUGGCUUCGCCCUGCUGCACAGUAUCUCUGGAAACAUUAGCUAAUUAAAUGGCUAACUUUGCCCUUUUGUCAGUGGAGUGUUGUUUCAGAGUAGGCCUUUACCACUUUAUUAUUUUACCCAAUUUACACCUUUUUCUAUGCAUAUUUUUACUUACAGUAGACACAGUGAUUUGUUUUUUGUAGAUUUUUUUAUUACGGUAUAUUAUUGAAUACUAGAAUGAAAGGGAUUUUCUGUUCGGUUUAUUUCAUUAUUUCUGAAUAGUUUAGCCUUAAAUCCGUGUCAGUGAAUUUAUUUUUACGUCAACCCAUUUCUUUUUUGCCCGGGGAAAUACACCACUGAUUAUUCUACCUGGCGAUAAUGAAUCUUAUGUAUAUCUUCCACCUUGAGACUCUACUACCAUUCUGUGUCAGUUAUCUAAGCCAUGUAUUGAUCCAUUGGAGUGCCUACAGAAACCUCCUGGAACCAAGUACAGUUAGUCUAUUGGAAUCAGGUCAUGUCUAACUUGUUUGAAUUAAUGCACUUUCAGCGUAAACUCUUUCAUUUUCUGUUAAUUAUGGGAUUUAUGAAUCCAAUGUUACACAAAGACCCCUCCCAUUGACACGUUCACUUUGAAAGCUGGUAGCUGCCUUUUUCACCGAAGCCUAUGGAGCCCAUUUGAGUUGUACGUUUUCAUCAACUUUUUUCACGGUUUAUCUUGUUUGGUUGUAUUUAUCAUGCUAUACUGCUGUUUAAUAAUGCAAUAAAAAGUUGGAUUCA